AUCUUUCACAACGGUUGAUCAGUAGAGAAACGACAGCUACUGUAUUAUUAGAACAAUAACCGAACAACAAAAAAAGAAAAACAACAAUGGAUAAAGUGAGUGGAAACAGUGUGUACUGUAAAUGCAUUCAUUGCAGGAAGGAAUUUCUUAAUCAUCUGAGAAUUCAACAACUGCAACCUCAGGUUGAGGAGUAUGUACCAAAAAAUGUUACAUAUCGCUGGACUCGAUGGGACGUACCAAGGUUCAUCGAAGUGUUAAACACACAAGCAGAAGUUUAUCAGCCAACUCCUAGGGAACUUCUAAGACAGACUGCAAAUCCAAAUAGUUCUUCAAAUAAUUCUACAUCGGAAGUAGUGAACCAACCAGUGGACGAUUUCCGAUAUGAAGAACUUUUAGGACAGUCUGCAAAUCCAAAUAGUUCUUCAAAUAAUUCUACAUCGGAAGUAGUGAACCAACCAGUGGACGAUUUCCGAUAUGAAGAACUUUUAGGACAGUCUGCAAAUCCAAAUAGUUCUUCAAAUAAUUCUACAUCGGAAGUAGUGAGCCAACCAGUGGACGAUUUCCGAUAUGAUGAACUGUUUGAAGAACUAUUUGGACAAGAAGAUUUAGAAACUGCAGGAGAUUUGUUAGCUCUUGAAGAGGCAGUCACAAUAGACGAAAUUUUUAAUAUGUCUGAAGAAAUUAUCCAGGAGUAUGAAUUUCCCGUUGUGGCAAAUUUAGCACAAGAAAAUAAGGAAGAUGUAAUAGAAAUGCCAUCAAAACCACUCCCGUAA